UCAACCCCACCUAACCAUGCUCCACCCUCGCCCAUUGAUAAUAUAAAUACUUAUCUUUACGGCGGCUGUAGCCCUCAUCCUUCCGCCCUCUCUCUUGCAGUCUUGCGAUAGAUUUUCCCCACCCAAAGCUAGCACUUGCUCACCCCCACGCUCCCCAUUGCUCCAUUUGGCAUCCCCUCUGCAUCUCAUAUUAAUACAAAGAAAAACAGGAAGAAAAGAACGAAGGAAAGAGAGAGAGAGAGAGAGAGAGAGAGAGAGAGAGAGAGAGAGAGAGAGAGAUCUAAAGAUAGACCAAAAAAGACUCGCUGUUGUUAGUACUAGAAGUAUCAGCAGAGAUGUUGAGGGGGAGCACAGGGAUCAUAGGAGUGGUGAACUUUAUAACGUUUCUGGUGUCGAUUCCGAUACUGGGAGGAGGGAUAUGGCUGAGCGCGAGGGCCAACAGCACGGACUGCCUCCGGUUCCUCCAGUGGCCUAUCAUCAUCAUAGGGGUGACCAUCAUGGUGAUCUCCCUGAUGGGCUUCGCAGGCGCCUGCUACCGCAUUUCCUGGCUCCUCCGCCUCUACCUCUUCGCCAUGUUCUUCGUCAUCGCAGCCCUCCUGGGGUUCAUCGUCUUCGCCUUCGCCGUCACCGACCGCGGCCACGGCCAGGUCAUCAUGAAUCGUGACUUCCUCGAGUACCAGCUCUCUGACUACUCCGGGUGGCUCAAGGACCGCGUCUCCGACCCCGGCUACUGGGCGAAUAUCAGGGCUUGCCUCCGCGACGCCGGCGCCUGCAAGGGGAUGGCCCACUAUGUCCAUGAUCCGACCACGGGGAUGCUGGUGCUGGAGUCCGCCGACAUGUUCUACCAGCGCCAUCUCUCCCCUAUCGAGUCUGGGUGUUGCAAGCCGCCCACAUCAUGCGGCUUCACUUAUGUGAAUGAGACUGUGUGGACUUCUGGAGGAGCAAUGGCGGUGCCUGAUCUUGACUGCAACAGGUGGAGCAACGACCAGCGGCAGCUGUGCUACCAGUGCAACUCUUGCAAGGCUGGGGUUCUUGCAAGCAUCAGGCAUAGCUGGAGGAAGGUCUCCGUGAUCAACAUUGUGGUGCUGAUUAUUCUUGUGAUCGUAUACAUCAUCGGGUGUGCUGCAUUCAGGAACAGCAAGAGGAUAGACAACGAUGAGCCAUUCGGAGUGAACAUGAUGACUAAAGCACGGCCUAGCAGGAUGCAGUUUUAACCAGGCUGUCGGAUAUCAGUUUUGCGUACAGAAAAGAAAUUGGAUACUUAGAAGGUUUGGUGUAUGAUCUCUUACUUAAGGUGUCCUUAUUUCACCAGCAAUUGCUUCUUGGUCUUUUAGCAGCCUAAGGAAGAGCAGAAGCUUGAAUCAAAAUUCUAUGCGCUUGGUGCUUGUUGUAUCCUUCUAGUUUUGUUUGGGUCCAUUCUGUUUGAGUACAGUACAAGCUGUCUACUGAGAAACAGCUGAAUUAUUUCAUCCUAGUCUCCUAGAAGUUCUGUUUUAGCCUCUUCGAGUGGCUGUGCUUGUGUUGAAUAAUCAUACGUUAAUUGCAUGCUUUAUUUUUUUUCUGAA